CAUUUCCCACCCCUCCGGCUCCGAACACACCCCCGCCUCCCACGCCUCGCCGACCCGCUCCUCCUCCCCGCCGGGACAUCGGCCGCGCCUCCGCCGCCUCCGCCACCUCCGCCCGCAGCAUUCGGCCGUCGGUCCCGAGAGGUUUUGCUGUUUCAGAACUUUUGAACUAGAAAGAUGGUACUCUCCUCAACAAUUGCCCCUCAGAGUAAGGUCACAGAACUGACGGAUGAUACCAAGUAUGAUUCCUUGAAUCUGGAGCAGAAGAAAAAAGCGUGGCCUAUGGAAAGGCACAGAUCUGCUGAAGUGAGUCAAGCAAUCUUAUCUAAGAUAGGGCAUGAUGGUUUUCAACUUUGUCAUCAGCCCCAAAUCCCGGAGAUCGUUAAAGGUGGUUGUGCACCAAUAUCUUCAUGUGAUCCUUCUGGAGAAUUCACUGCAGACAGCAAUGGAAUGCACAGGCACACAAUCACAGAUGCUGCUUGGGAAGCCCUAAAGCAAUCAAUAGUUUACUUCAAAGGUCAGCCAAUUGGGACUCUUGCUGCAAUAGACAAGUCUCAGGCAGAACUCAACUAUGACCAGGUUUUCAUGAGGGAUUUCGUUCCUAGUGCCUUGGCUUUCUUGAUGAAAGGGGAACCAACGAUAGUGAAGAAUUUCCUGGUAGAGACUGCUCGCCUUCAAUCAAGAGAGAAGAUGGUUGAUCUUUUUAAGCUUGGACAGGGUGUGAUGCCAGCAAGCUUCAAGGUGCACCAUUCCCACCCUACGAAGAAGACUGAAACUCUGCUUGCUGAUUUUGGUGAAAUUGCUAUCGGGCGAGUUGCUCCUGUGGAUUCUGGCCUAUGGUGGAUUUUUCUUCUUCGUGCUUACACCAAAUAUACUAGGGACAGUUCUCUGGCUGAAAGUCCUCACUGCCAAAGGGCCAUGCGCCUUAUUCUCAAGCUAUGGCUCUCUGAAGGGUUUGAUACAUCUCCAGCAUUACUUUGCGCUGAUGGUUGCUCCAUGAUAGACCGCAGAAUGGGUAUAUACGGCUAUCCGCUUGAAAUCCAGGCACUCUUCUUCAUGGCUCUGAGGUGCGCCUUGAGUUUGCUGAAAGACUCUAAUGACGACUUUGUGUACCAAAUAACAAAGAGGAUCAAAGCUUUGAGCUACCAUCUGCACAGUUACUACUGGCUCGACUUCCAAAGACUCAAUGACAUCUAUCGCUACAAGACCGAAGAGUACUCGCAGACAGCUCUGAACAAGUUCAAUGUGAUCCCUGAAUCGAUCCCUGACUGGAUAUUUGACUUCAUGCCUAGCCGUGGUGGCUACUUCAUUGGAAAUGUCAGCCCUGCAAGGAUGGACUUCCGCUGGUUCUGCUUGGGCAACUUCAUUGCGAUCCUGUCAUGUUUGGCAACUGGAGAACAAGCUGAGGCAAUACUGGAUCUCGUGGAGGAACGCUGGGAAGAGCUUAUUGGAGAGAUGCCCCUGAAGAUCUGUUACCCUGCAAUGGAAAACCAGGAAUGGCAGAUAGUCACUGGAUGCGACCCAAAGAACACCAGAUGGAGCUACCACAAUGGAGGGUCGUGGCCAGUGCUGCUGUGGCUCCUGGUGGCGGUGAGCGUGAAGCUGGGGCGGCCCCACAUCGCCCGCAACGCGGUGGAGCUGAUGGAGAGGCGUCUGGCCAAGGACGACUUCCCCGAGUACUACGACGGCAAGACGGGGCGGUACAUCGGGAAGCAGUCGCGCAAGUUCCAGACGUGGUCGGUGGCGGGCUACCUGGUGGCCAAGAUGCUGCUGGACGACCCCUCCAACCUCCGCGCCGUCUCCCUGGAGGACGACGGCCACAUCCGGGAGCCCGUCCUCAAGCGCAGCAACUCCUGCCCGGGCCUGCACAUAUCACACUGACACUACAGGUUUCGGCUCACUCGGUUCCGAUGGCGAGGAGGUACAUUACACUACGUACAUACGAACGUCGCAACGAAGUUGGCGUACGUGACAGGUUCAGACGCAUCUCUGCAUAGAUCCCUGUGUUGGGAGAGGAACUUGUUCUUUUCUUGGUCUCGCUGCUGUCACCGUUACUUACGGUAGAAAGGAACAUUGGUAGGUAGGAACUGGUGAUUUUGCUUGUGCAUGCGCUGGUUCACCGGAUGUCUAGGCCGGUGAAAGGAGUUUUUUGGUACGGUAGUAGCUCUGGUUUUUUCGCGUGCACAGAUUUUGGGUGGAGAUGGAACAUGUUCGUUGAGCGUGGUUACUGAUGGAAUGAUGGAUGACGCUGAAUGUUGAUGGAUGAUCGAUGAUGGUACACCGUUGGCUUA